CUACCGGCGGUACUGAAUUUAAACAGGCCUAUCGCUGGCUGUAGAAAGCUCAUUCCCUUGACCCAAAUCAGAGACCACUGUGAUGAGCAGGCCCAGAAAAGACUCCUUUUCAAAGUGAAAGCUAAGCUGUGAUAUGGUCGACUAAGGACGAAUCACCAGAGGAUGACGAUUGUGCCAUGUCACCCGUGACGGAACAUACAAUUGUUCGUGGCGAACACGCCCAGAAUCCACCCAGCACGCUCAAACAGAAGCUAAAACGAUCCAAGAAGGAACUCAAAUCACGUUGGGCUUUUGCAUUCUUCAGCUUCUGGUGCGUUGUGAAAUCUUCACUGAAUGGCAACGUUUUUAUGGUCGCUACAUUAGUUCUGACGAUGGCGUUUCCGCUGAGCAUGCUGGCAAUAGGAAUCAUUUACCUUUACGACUGCCCAGCUGAAGUCUACAUUCCUAUUUUUACACUUGGAUGGGGUCUCAUCGCAGCCAUCAAAAUAUUUCUCAGCCUUCGAGUGCAGUAUAUUGUGGUUCGAUCACGCAAACAGGACCAGCCUCAAGGACGAGGGACAUUGACGCGAUUCUCCAGCCUUUUCCGAGACAUCGAGACGCGGGAAUUGAACCAUAUUUUGAGUGCAGCUGUCUUCGCAGCCUCGGUCGGUCUGGGAUACAUGACCUACAAAACUUACGGCAAGUGGACUCCUCAGAAAGAGGAUCCCAACUACUGCAAUCCAAACUUUUACAGUUUUGCCUUCUGUACAACCACUGUGAUAUUGGGUCUGGAAUUUAUCGUAGCUUUUCUGAUAUACCCGUUCACCGGGGCAAUCGUGUACAGUUAUCUUACCGUUUACGAUGACAUUAGUGACAUUCUACCGGCUAGAGACCCAACGGAAUAUGUAUAACACAGUCCAGAUUCUUCCCUGUGUCUUUUAACAUCCAUCCUGUAUCUAUGCUGUCUGUUUUAAUAAUCCCUGAAGUUCCAACUGUCUUCAGUGUCCAGCAUGAAGUAAAUCGUCACAACGGAAAUAGGCAGUAUAUUAAAAUCUUCCCAGAUAUGUGUGGUAUACCAUACAUGUGUUACUGUCAGGUUUUUUUAAGUUGCUAGUGUAGGUCCGUUUCCGGUGUCCCGUGUGUCUUGAAGACUGAGUGACUUUUAUUCUUUAUCAAGAAAACCCUGCCAGCCAAGGUUUACCUUUUUUUUUUUUUUAUCUUAGAGGAUUCAACCAAACCUCUCACAGUUUUAACCGUUCUUUUGGUGAUAUUAUUUGUGUUUUGUGUUCAGGGAUAGAUUAGCCCUGUAGGGGUUUUCUUCCCACGAAGUCGUUCAUUCAUUUAGCAACAAAACUAUCUUUCUA